AUGAAUAGCAAUAAUAGGCGUCGAUUGAGCUUCUGUGAUUUCUCUCAACCACAUGUUUGGCAUAAAUUGGUGAACUACGCCGAAAUAACAAUUAAAUUAGCGAGACUAAUUACAGAAUUUACUCAUCAAUGGUCGGAUAUUUGCACAUUAGCAUCGUCAAAAUUAAAAAGCCUGGUCAAUGAAUUUCGACAAAGAACUGAAGUGGAAAUUCGAGGAAAAUGCCGCCUUGGUGGAAUGAUGUAUGAUCUAUGGGAAUCAUUAUUAAUUGAAACAGAGCUAGAAUCUCAGUCAUUACAAAAUUUAGCCUUUUCAAUGGAUAAACAUAUUAGUAUGCCACUCAGUAUUCUUAUUCACAACAAAAAUCUUCAAUUAUCAACAAACAUUCAACACCGUCAAGAUUUUGAAGAUGUCCUGAAAAAAGGGCAUGAAAUUGUCGAAUAUACAAAGCAGGAAUAUAUGAAAACAUUCGAAACAAGUGGUCCGACUCCGAUUUUUUACGCAGCACACAACGAUUAUAUCAUCGAACUGACGGGCGUUAAUGGAAUGUUAUCAAAAUAUCAUUACAGUAUACUGCCGUCACUACUACAAGGCAUGGAAGAAUCAGAAAUCGAAAUAAUUGAAGGCAUAUGUUCAUCAUUACAAUGCUUAGCACAAAUAGCACAAGAACAACAUGAGCAACGUCAACAUAGCCUCAAAUCGUUUGUGUUAACAAGUUCAAAUUUGAAUGUAAAUGAAGAAUUAGAAAACUAUAUUUGUUCAAUGAAUGAAGAUGGCGGUAGUGUAGCGAUGACAAAAAUCGAUUUUGAUACAUUUAUUCCGGCAACAGAUUCAGGAGAUACUGAUGAUGAGAGAUUAAUUUCGAUACCAAAUGUCAAUAGUCGGAGCAAAGAGAUACAUGACAGAUUAAAAGAAAUCAAGAAAGACAAAAAUCUGCUCCUGAUAAAAACUACAACUAAAAAUGAUGAACAACAAAUAGGAAGUAAACAAGAAUUAUUCAAAUCUCGUAAAAGUUCGAUGAGUAGUGAUACCCAAUCAUCGGUAGAUCAAGAAUCUCAACGACGAAAUAGUAAAUCCAUCAAAGGAUUAUGGACACAUGCAUUUAAAACAAUAAAAAGCGCUCACAAAGACGGAUCAGAGAAAGAAGAAACAAAACUGCUUGGUGGUGAUGUUAUUCAUUGUGUACUUCAAAGGUACAAUGUUCGAACCUCAGCACUGUUAAGUCAUGUAACUACUCUUGGCAGGUUAAUUAUAUUACAGCAUACUCACUAG